GAUUAAAGUGUUAUUGUGAUUUUAUUAUUUUCUUUAAAAAGGCAAAACGAGCUAAAAUAACAAAUCAGAAAAAAAUAAGUUUAUGAGAAAAACAUAAAUUUGGUCGAUUUUAAUUAAAUUAAUCUAGCAUAAUCAUGGAUAAUUUCAUCGUAAAACGGGAGGACGGUGAUAUUGUGACGAAUCCAGCCGAAAGAAAUAUAAUCCUGCUAAGAUAUGCUGCAUUUUUGAACGAAAAUGAGAAUAAUGGGAUCCAACAGAUGCAAAUGCACCAUCAUCAGGCUUCCUUAGCACAACAAAUCCACAUUGUCGAACAACAACCACCUCCACAGCCAAAAAAAAGCACAAAAGCGUCUGCCGUACAAAAUGCAAACGUUCAAUUAGGAACAAAUAAUCAAAAACUCAGCGGACUCAAAUGUCAUUUGUGCUCAAAAGUUUUAUGUAACAGCCAGUACUUAAGUCAGCAUAUCCGAGUUGUACACGAGAAUAUCCGCGAGCAUGGAUGUGGCUAUUGUGACAUGAAAUUUGGAUCAAAAUCUCAUCUCAUAAUCCACGAGCGAAAACACACAGGCGAAAGGCCCUACUCCUGUGAAGUUUGCAACAAAGGCUUCGCCCAAAAAUCCUUGUACUCUUACCACAAGAAGAGAGCCCACACUAGUAGCAGCAAUCAAUAAUAAUCUCAUAAUAUAGUUUUAAUGCGUGGUAAUAUUCUCUUGUAAUCUUGAUUAUCCAUUUCUUUCGAUAAUGCAAUUAAACGAAGAAAUCUUAAUUAUUUUUUUUUUGAUUCAGUUUAUGAUUAUUUCUGGUUCAUAAUAGAGCAUAAGAGCAUAACACACAUACAAAAUAAUUGUGGCAUAAAAAUGAAAAGGAUGAUGAUGAUGAUUUUGAAAGAAUUUAUGCAAUUUUAAAUAUUUCAUAGUUGUAGUUUUCUUUUCGAGCAACAAGCUAUAUUUACAUCCCUUCUACCCCCAAAUUCUUUCAUCAUUUCACUUACUUUCUAAUUAAUCUAAACCCUAUCCACUCCAAAUUCCAAAACCUACCU